AAUUUCAAAUUUUUGUAAUUCAAGUGACAAGAAGACGUUUUCAAUAAAAACGAAAAAGAAAAAUGAGGGGGACUUGCAGAUGUCAAAUGUGAAAUACUCUUCAAAUUCAAAUUCUUUUUUUGGCUCCAAUUUGAUCUCAUCGGAUAAUUUCUUUAUUUAUUAUUAGUGAGCGUUGGUUUUGGGAAAAAGAGAAGAGGAGUGAGUGUGGGGGGGUAUCACUUGCGUGAAGUAAUCGAAAGAGAAAAUAGUAUAGGGUUUGAGAUGGAGAUCGGAAAAGGAUGGAUGGGAUCGUGCUCAAAAGAGGACCAACACUUGUACAAGGACUGGUUCAAUUCAGCCGAUUCAGAUGGAGAUGGGCGCAUCUCUGGAACUGAUGCUACUAAUUUCUUCGCUUUCUCUAACCUUUCUCGUCAUGACCUUAAACAGGUUUGGGCACUUGCAGACUCUAAACGUCAAGGCUUUUUAGGUUUCACAGAGUUUAUUGCUGCUUUGCAGCUCAUUUCUCUAGCACAAGCAGGGCAUGAGAUUACCUCAGAUCUCCUUAAAUCGACUUCUUCCAUGGGGAAUAUUAAACCUCCAGUCAUGGAAGGCAUUGAUGCCUUGUUAACUCAAAAGGAGGGUUCAACAACAAAUAGCGAACCCGGAAUCAACGGAUUUUCCCAAUUGCAAUCAUCAACAACAGCUCAACGGUAUAAUUCAAAAUCAUCAAGAAAGAUGCCACUAAUUGCUGUUACAUCCAUCAUUGAUGGCUUGAAGAGAUUGUAUAUUGAAAAGCUAAAGCCUUUGGAAGUUACAUACCGUUUUAAUGAUUUUAUGUCUCCCUUGUUGACAAACAGUGAGUUUGAUGCCAAGCCUAUGGUUAUGCUUUUGGGUCAGUAUUCCACUGGCAAAACAACAUUUAUAAAGCAUAUACUUCGAUGUAACUACCCAGGAGCUCAUAUUGGACCAGAGCCUACAACUGAUAGAUUUGUUGUUGUAAUGUCUGGAUCUGACGAAAGGAGUAUACCUGGGAAUACCGUUGCUGUUCAAGCAGAUAUGCCGUUUAGUGGCCUGACAACUUUUGGAGGGGCAUUCUUAUCAAAGUUUGAAUGUGCACAAAUGCCACAUCCAUUGCUAGAUGAAAUCACAAUUGUGGACACCCCUGGGGUUCUGUCUGGAGAAAAGCAACGAACACAAAGGAGUUAUGAUUUUACUGGUGUUAUAUCAUGGUUUGCAGCAAAAUGUGAUCUCAUUCUUCUUUUGUUUGAUCCACAUAAGCUUGAUAUAAGCGAUGAGUUUAAGAGAGUAAUUGCAUCUUUGCGUGGCAAUGACGAUAAGAUACGUGUUGUUUUAAAUAAAGCAGACCAAGUUGAUACACAGCAGUUGAUGAGAGUUUAUGGGGCAUUAAUGUGGUCACUUGGAAAAGUUUUGAACACUCCAGAAGUUGCACGUGUUUAUAUCGGUUCAUUCAAUGAUAAGCCUAUUGAUGAAGAAAAUGUGAACCCAAUGUUUCGUGAACUUUUUGAAAAAGAACAGGAUGAUCUUCUGAUGGACUUGGUUGAUAUUCCUAAGAAGGCCUGUGAUCGUCGGAUCAAUGAAUUUGUGAAGCGUGCUAGAGCGGCUAAGAUCCAUGCUUACAUAAUUAGCCAUCUUAGGAAAGAGAUGCCUACCAUAGUGGGGAAAGCUAAGACUCAACAACGGCUCAUUGAUAAUCUGGAAGAUGAAUUUGGAAAGGUGCAAAGAGAGUAUCAUUUACCAGCAGGAGAUUUUCCAAAUGUGGAGCAUUUCAAGGAAGUGCUGAAUGGAUAUAGCAUAGACAAGUUUGAGAAACUGAAGCCUAAGAUGAUACAAGCGGUUGAUGACAUGCUGGGGUAUGAAAUUCCACAACUGUUGAACAAUUUUAGGAAUCCUUAUGCAUAAGUGGAUGGUGUCCUUUACUUUCUGAAUAUGGACGGGUGCUGAUUGAGUUGGGCAUGUAGAGAUAUGUGUAAUUGAGGGCAUGAUGACGAAUUUUGAGAGAGUGAUGGACUACAAUGUAUAAUUUGUUUCAUUUGGUGGAAUCAAAGUAAAUUCGACAACUAA